AAGAAAGAGUAAAAAAUUAAAUCGAAAUGAGUGAAAUUGGUUGGUGCGGAUGAAAAAUGGGAGGCCGAUCACGGAGAGUGACAAGUUUACCGCGGCCGAUUAAAUUCUUCCGCCUCUUCUUCAUUCCUUCCUUCUCCUCCUUCGCUUCAUUAUCAAUUAUCAAUCUACUUUCACACAAACACUUCUCUCCACACAUUUCAAAACUCACAUUUUUCGCGCCCAUCCAAAACCCUAAUCAGAACGGUCUUUUUUUUUUUAAUACAUAUAAAUAUUUAUAUAUUGCCCUCCAAUCUCUUCUUCGAAUCCAAGUAUGAAUGUUACUCAAUGCGCCCGGACUGGCGAUGAGAGAUGAGCUCCGACUAUGCGAUGGUUGCGGCUACUCAGGCGAAGAAGGAUCGCCACAUGGUCUCCUGGACUCAAGAGGAGGACGAUCUGCUUCGGGAGCAAGUCGCUGUUCAUGGCUCCGAUAACUGGACUAUUAUUGCAGCAAAUUUCAAUGAUAAGACUGGCAGGCAGUGCAGGAGAAGAUGGCUUACAUACUUGAACACGGAGUGCAAGAAAGGUGGAUGGUCGCAGGAAGAGGACAUGCUCUUAUGCGAGGCUCAGAAGAUAUUUGGGAACCGAUGGACUGAGAUUGCAAAGGUGGUUGCAGGAAGAACAGAUAAUGCAGUGAAGAACCGUUUCUCUACCCUUUGCAAAAAGAGAGCAAAGCAUCAUACAAUAUCCAAGGAAAAUAAUGAUUCUUGUACACACCCUAGCAAUAAGAAAAUCAUGGUGGAACCUUCAGCAAAUAAGCAACAGACUGGGUCUGGCAGCUCGGACAAUGCAGAAGACUUCAGUUCCUAUGAAAAAUUAGCAACAACCCAUGGUAUUAGUGGUGGACGGUCAAGGCCACCUUUGACAGUUCUUACUCAAAACUUUAAUAACCUGAGAUGUUUAUCAGCACAAUGUCAUCUCGAUAGCAGUAAGCCUACAGCAUGUGAUACAAUUGCAAAUUGUGAGGUCCAGGGCAAUUUCCUUAGAAGAGAUGAUCCAAAAUUGACUGUUUUGUUGCAACAAGCUGAAUUACUCAGCUCUCUAGCUGUUAAAGCAUACUCUGAAAACAAAAACCAGAGUCCCGAUGAUUCUUGGAAGGAACUUCAGAAUUAUUUGAUCCAGAAUCGGGAAGAAGGAACAUUGAGUAGUUUUUCUGGAAUGGAUUUCCUGUUGGAUGACUUCGAAGGAGUGUUCAAGGAUUUCCAAUGCGUGGAUACAGAACUUCAGCUAUCAAGGAGGGAUGCUGAUCAAGAUGGCUGUCAGACUAGUUCUGUUAUGAGCACUGGGUGUACUCAUGAUGAUCCGGCAAUUAACAUGGAUGAACAUCUGCUCGAACAUUGUUCUGUAGGUUGCAAUGAAGGGCAAACUCAUCAGGGCACCCCUGCUCCAGUUAAAUUUGUUUGCCAAGUUUCUUUUCCAGGUGGAGCCAUGACUUCUUCUCUAGAGCUCGCUCAGAGUGGUGAAAACAUACUUGUCUCAUCGAUUUCAGAAUUCAACUCCCCUCUUAAAACCAUCCCACUUUUUCAUUCUUUCACAGAGGGGAUUCCUAGUCCAGAAUUUUCAUCUAGUGAGAGAAAAUUUCUGUUAAGCGUCUUGAGAGUGCCUUCAUCAAAGCCAUCCUCAAAUAGAAACCAAACAUCUUCUUGCAAAAGAGAUCCUCGGCCCAAUUCAAGCAAUUCACAUUCAUGCAAAAGAGUUCUUCUUAAUAGCCUAUGACCAUCUUAGUAUGUGCUCUCAACCUCUUGCCUCAUUGAUCCGUAUUGAGAUUUUUAGGUCAAUGGCUCCCUUCCAAUUAGUGAUGAUAAUCUGCAUCAGUUUUCUAUGUUUGUUUUCAACUGCGAUAUUUCCACCUUGUUAUUAUAAAAGUGUGGAGUGCAGGUAUAUAGGAUUGCUGUCUUCUAUAUACCUAUCCUAUAUAUAUAUA